AUGUGCAGCGUGGCAAGCACAUCCCUAGUCCGGAGAUUUAUUAUGGAGGAAGUUCGUAACGUCAGUCAAGAAAAAUCUAAUGAAGAUGUUAGCGAUAACAAAAACAAAAAAGAUGGGAGUCGGAAGCCAGUUAAGAAAAAUAAAAACACCACCAUUAGCAACAGCAUCAACAACAGUAACAACAACAACAACUUUAACAUUAAAGAAAUAAAAAAAAAUAAAAUGCCUCAACAGGAUACAACGACAACAUCAACGAACAUUCAAUUAGCUUCUGAGCCAGUGCCCUACUACAGUUAUGAUUGCUACCAUAACAGAUGUUCACUGCAUACCAUGAUGAAUUUAUUGAGAGCUUGGGUACAGUGUAAACAAUUGACGAGAGUGUCUGUUGGCGGGAACUUGGGCGUGGCUAACUCGAACAAGAUGUCAACCGAUGUUAACAAGUUCAAAUCAAUAGUUGCGAUAGAAUUGCUAACGUUCCCACAAAAAUACAUCGACCUUGCCAGCCGCAGCAGUGGUAGCAGCGGCUGUCGUUACGACGUUUGCAUGAUGAACGUUUGUUCUGGCAAACCGUUCACCGCGAACGCUGGUGGUGCUGAUGCUGUCGGUUCGUUCGUUGACACUGCUUUCGACUAUAAAGAUCCUUACAUGUUCAACAUAACUGAGGUUAUAAACUUGCUGAAAAGUUGCGAAUGGUUGCCUGACUACAAGCAGAAAACAAAAUCAAAAUACGAUGAUGAGGCAGCAUCAGAAACGACAACAGCAACAACAAGGAACAACAACUCGCUGACAUGCUUAAAACCCGUUGACAAUAAAAUGCUGCAAAGAGAAUUGCUGGUCGCCAUUGAAUUGUGGCUAAGCUUGUUGCAACACUGUCUCAGCAACUACAACGCAACCAACAACAACACCAGCAGCAACAGAACAAUCAAAGGUAACAACAGUAACAGCUCAGACAGCGUCAACAUUGAAAACUGUAUCAGAGAAUUAACAACACUCCUGGCUUGUCUGGACGUUAAGUUUUUGAAGAAAAAUCCAGAGCUAUACACGAGGUAUAAAUACCUGCUAGCUUACGUGGACGUCUUCAGUGGUCAGUACAUUAUAAAGAAACAUGCUUUCCGAAUGAUUUCAUCACAGCAGCAGCAGCAGCAGCAGCAACAACAUCAGCAACAACAGUUUCUAUCAACGGCAAUGAUUUUGAAAGCCUCAUGUUAUUUUGUUACAUCAGCACAACACGCAUUUGAAGGAAGCAACUGCCAUCUCGUCUGGUACAGCGUUCGGAUGUUUUGGAACGCAUGCAGCUCCUUAGCAAUCAGGUCAUGUGACCGAAUCAAACUGAGACCACAGAUUCAGCAGCUGCUGAAGCUGCUACAAGCUUCUAGCCACAAACUUUGCGGCGGCGGUGGUGAUAAUGAUAUCAAAAGCAACAUCAACAAUCGAAAUAUCAACAAUUCUGCAAAAGUUGUCAAACAGUUAGAUGCAGAAGACUAUCAACACGAGGUCUGGAUGAAUGUGGCACGACACAGUAGGCAACCACACGCGCAGAUAAUGGCUUAUCAGAAUGCUGUUGAAGUUCUCCAGUCUGAACAAUAUGAUUGGCUGAAAUUUGAAUGCCUUCUGGAGUUUUCCCACUGUCUGAUUGGUCACAAUGAAUCACGUGAUGAUGUACGGGACCUCGUUCAUUGGUCCAUUCAAAUUCUUUCAACUAUAGCUGGUCUUCAAUGUCAAGCUGAUCAAGAUUUUUCUAGAAGAAUAACAACAACAACAAAUAAAAGCGAAAGUGAAACUAAGACGAAAAAUCGAAAGUCCGCAAACGAUAGUAUGAAGUUUGGAAAUCGUAAAAAAAUUAGAUCGUCUAGUGCUACGAAAGCCAAUAAAGGAGAGGAUGAAGAUGGAGAGAGGGUGAGGAUGAAGAGAGAUAAUGAAGAAAGAGAGAAAGUUAUCAUAAGAGAGAAACUGAAUUUAGACUUCAAGCAGAGAGCAAUAUCAGUGAAGUUGCAGGGUAUAUCCGACGCACAGCGCUUGGACGGCCUUUUGAAAUGUUACGUCACAUUAGCCAUGACCUCUGACCCGGGUUCGACCAAUCAGAUUGAAGCCUGCCUCAUGAGCCAUCACAUCGUCAUGAGAUUAUGGAAGGUAUGCUUCGAAGACAUCAGUGACGUAAUUAAACAGCACGCUGACGUCAUUAACUCUUCGUUGAAAGAUGGCGACAGCAAAAAGGAAAAGUUGAAAAAUAAAAAAGCUGACAACCGGAAACCCAGCUCUGUCACCGGGAAUAAGAAUAAAAAUAAAAGUACUGACAACAACAACAACAAUAAUAAUAAUAAUAACAACAAUUCAACUGACAAUAACAAUAGCGUUGAUGACAGCAAUGAUGACGUUGUUGAUGACGUAAGCGACGGUAACGAUGGUAAAAAUAAUAAAAUAAAAAAUAGCUCACAUAAUAGCAAUAAAAACAAUAAUAAUAAUAAUAAUAAGAACCAAGGUAACGAUAAUGACAACAACAUCAACAAUGAUACUGAUAAUGAUAACGACGACGACGACGAUGAUGAAAAUAUCAACGCAAGUAACAAGAGAAGUAAGCCUAGCGUAACUUCUAAAAAGUCGACCAGAGUUAUGAAGAAGCAAGAAGGAAUCCCGGAAAAGCCAGACCCAUAUAUCAUUCCUCGAACUCUGAUUGGUUGGUCAACUUUUGACGUCAGCGAUGACGUCAUUGCCACAUUUAGGCAUUCAACUUUUCCUCACGAUAGGGGAUUCACUAGAUUUAAUUUUCCAAAAUCAGUCAGGAAUAUUGAUCAAUUUUUAUAA